UCAACAGGACGAAGAAAGAGCAAGCUGAGGUCAAAACAGCAUCUACUUCUCCUUGACUGAAAAUCAGAAACUUAAUCUGGAAACUCAAAGGCAAAUUUUAGUUGAGGUUUAAUAAUUUAAUAAUUUAACUUUAUUGUUCAUCUUUCUACAUUUGAAGAAUUUUGUGCUGAAUCCUGCUUGGUUUUCGCAGGCCAAACAGCUCCUCUCAGCGUCCAACGUUAUCAGCUGACCAUUCAUGAACUCCUGUAGAGCAGGAGGCCAUAAUGGCGAAACUUAAAGAGGAGCUCCUUAUAUUUCUGGAAAAAUUAAAAGAAGAUGAGUUUGAAAAGUUCAAGUGGUACCUGGAGCAGGAUGACAUCCUGGAGGGCUCUAAAGGCAUCCCAGUGGCUCAGCUGGAGAAAGCAGCAAGGACACGUACAGUGGAUCUAAUAGUACAGAAAUAUCCAGGUCGUGGAGCUCUGCAGGUAACCAUGAAGGUUUUAGAAAAGAUCGGCAGGAAUGAUCUGGUGCAGCAUUUACAAAACUCCCACUCAGGACCAAAAGACCUUUCAGUGGAUCCAAUGGGACAGAAAUAUCAGGAUCCUGAAGCUCUGGAGGUAACCAUGAAGGUUUUAGAAAUGAUCAGCGAGAAUAAUCUGGUGCAGCAUUUACAAAACUUCCACUCCGGAUCCAAAGACCUCAAGACACGAAAGAAGCCAAAGCUGAAGUGGGUCCAGCAGUUUGCAGUAGAGGUGACUCUGGAUCAUGAUACAGCUCAUCCUAAUCUUAUCCUGUCUAAUGAUGGGAAACAAGUACAUCAUGGAGAUGUGAGGAAGAAACUACCAAACAAACCUGAGAGGUUUUACAGAUGUGUUAAUGUCUUAGGGCAGCAGAGUAUCUCCACUGGAAGAUUUUACUAUGAGGUUCAGGUUAAAUGGAAGACUGCCUGGGAUUUGGGAGUGGCCAAAGAGUCGAUCAAGAGGAAACAAAGUAUUACAACAAGACCUGAGAAUGGCUACUGGACUUUAAUGCUGAGGAACGAGGAUGACUAUGUUGCUAAUGAUUAUGAUCAUCCGGUCCGUCUCUCUCUGAAUCAGCCUCCUCAGAAGGUGGGAGUGUUUGUGGAUUAUGAGGAGGGUCUGAUUUGUUUUUAUGAUGUAGAUGCUGCAGAUCUUCUCUACUACUUUACUGACUGCUCCUUCACUGAGAAACUCUACCCUUUCUUUAGCCCCUGUACUAAUAAUGGUGGUAAAAACUCUGCACCUCUGAUUAUCUCUCCAGUUAAUCAUACGCUGAACCUCAAGACACAUGAAUUUGGUGAUCAGAAUGAAGACUAUGAAAGAAGGAAGGCUGAACUAGAGAGUGUCCAGCAGUUUGCAGUAGAGGUGACUCUGGAUCCUGAUACAGCACAUCCUGCUCUCUUCUUGUCUGAUGAUAGAAAACAAGUACAUGAUGGUGAUGUAUGGGAGAAACUCCCAGACAACCUUAGAAGGUUUAAGAGAUGUGUUAAUGUAUUAGGAAAGCAGAGUUUCUCCUCAGGAAGAUUUUACUAUGAGGUUCAGGUCAAAGGGAAGACUGCCUGGACUUUAGGAGUGGCCAAAGAGUCCAUCAACAGGAAGGGACAAAUCACACUGAGCCCUGACAACGGCUACUGGACUUUAUGGUUGAGGGAUGGAGAUGAGUAUGUGGCUAAUGAUCACCCACCAGUCGAUCUUUCUCUGAAGAAACACCCUCAGAAGGUGGGGGUGUCUGUAAAUUAUGAGGAAGGUCUUGUUUGCUUUUAUGACGUAGAUGCUGCAGAUCUUCUCUACGCCUUUACUGACUGUUCCUUCACUGAGAAACUCUACCCAUUCUUCAGUCCCUGUACUCAAGACAGUGGUACAAACUCAGCCCCUCUCAUCAUCUCUCCUGUCAAUCACCCACUGAACCUCAAGACACAUGAUGUUGGGGAACAGAAAGAACAAUAUGAAAGAAAGAAGGCCGAUCUGAAGAGCAUCCAGCAGUUUGCAGUAGAGGUAACUCUGGAUCCUGAUACAGCACAUCCCAGUCUUAUCCUGUCUGACGAUGGGAAACAAGUACGUCAUGGAGAUGUGAGGAAGAACUUACCAAACAACCCUGAGAGAUUUAACAGUUGUGUUAAUGUCUUAGGAAAGCAGAGAUUUUCCUCAGGAAAAUUUUACUAUGAGGUUCAGGUCAAAGGGAAGACUGCCUGGACUUUAGGAGUGGCCAAAGAGUCAAUUGACAGGAAGGGAGAUAUUACACUGAGCCCUGAGAAGGGUUUCUGGACUAUGUGGUUGAGGAAUGGAGACAAGUAUGAGGCUAUUGAUGAACCUUCAGUCAGUCUCUCUCUGCAGACACACCCUGAGAAGGUGGGAGUGUUUGUCGAUUAUGAGGCGGGUCUCAUUUGUUUUUAUGACGUAGAUGCUGCAGAUCUUCUCUACGCCUUCACUGACUGUUCCUUCACUGAGAAGCUUGUUCCAUACUUAAGUCCCUGUACUAAUGAUGAUGGUAGAAACUCUGCUCCUCUGAUCAUCUCUCCUGUCAGUCACACAGAUUAGAUUAAUCAUACUUCUUCUUUCUUAUCAAAAGAUGCUAUAAACAUUCAGCAGACUGUUGAAAUGAAAGGGGGUCUGUGGAGUAUAACAAACACCUUUGAUAACAAAGACUGAAUUUAAAUAUAAGUGUCUUUCUGUGCAAGAAAACUACUUUGACAUGUACAACAGGAGAUUGAAGGAGAUGUCAAACAAGAAAAGUUUGUUCACACCAAUAUAGCCUCAAGAAGAGUUAAACCAGGCAACAGUGGAAGAAAAAACACCUCUUGUAAUGCACCAUGGGUGUUUAAGUGUGUAAAAUAGCAUUUGUGGUAAAGAAUACUAUUCACUUUCAAAUUGUGAUGAAUUUUGCUUUUGCUUCAUUUAUUUUCCAUUUCUGAUGUAUUUUAUUACUACUAUUAUGAUUGCAGCACAUCGCUUUCUUUACUCUGACUCAUUAACAGAACCACCAAUGAAUCAAGACACAAAACUGGAA